CUCCUACAAUACGCUUAUCAUUUGCCCACCGCCGUCGCCGGAGCCGACGUAGCCGAUUUCAUCCCCGACGGGACCGGGGGCUCCGCACGUCCGCCCGUCCGCCGCCUCUCCGCCCCUAGAUGGCGAGGCUGAGGCCUCGAAUCCGGGCCGUACCGCGAGGCCCGGUGCUCCUCUUCCUCCUCGCCCCGCUCAUCUACUCCGCCGUGUCCAGGCUGCACCCCUGGGCGCCGGCGGAGAAGGGCGUGUGCCUGCCACCCCCGACUGCGCUGAAGCGGCCCGACCGUCUCGUGCUUGGCCCCGCUGCCGGACAAGGCCGCCCCGACCGCCUCCAGUGCCAAGGACUUAGAGCUCUGAACAAGAUUGGCCUAUCAAGUGAAGAGAACUAUCCUGGAGAACACAUUUCUUUCGUUACUGUAUUCACAACCUACAAUUCUGUCUCAGCUGGAGAUGGCAAAGUUCCAUCUGAUUCUGUAACUGUUGGAAAUCAUUCUUAUAGCAAAACAGAAAGAUCCAUGGCCAUUCUGAGCACUUUCAUCAGUUUCAUAAGGGUAUCAAUGCCAAGAAGCAAUGUGAUCAUAUUGACUGACCCUGGUUCAAAAAUUUCAGUAAAUCAAGGGAGUGCUACGCUAUUGCCUAUUGAAGGAAACUAUUCUCGAGGAAAUUUGAUGCUUCAAAGAAUAAAGACAUACAUUGCAUUUUUGGAGCAAAAGCUUGUGGAAUUUGAUAGUAUGGAGGGGUUGAAUCAUUUUGUUCUGACUGAUUCUGAUAUAGCAUUGGUUGAUGAUCUUGGACAUAUAUUCAAAAAAUAUCCCCAUUGUCAUCUGGCUCUUACUUUUCGUAAUAACAAAGGGCAACCUUUGAACUCUGGGUUUGUUGCUGUAAGAGGAACCAGGGAUGGCAUCACUAAAGCUGUGGAAUUCUUGAAACAAGUCCUUGAAGCUUACUGCUUAAGAUAUAUUAAGGCUUCCCGUAUGCUUGGUGACCAAUUAGCACUGGCAUGGGUUGUCAAGUCUCAUCUACCCUCGGCUUUUGGAAAAUUUUCUAAGCAUGAGGCAUUUACUGGUGAAGUUAAUGGAGCAUCUGUUCUCUUCUUGCCUUGUGCUGUUUAUAAUUGGACCCCGCCUGAGGGUGCUGGACAGUUUCAUGGUAUACCCUUGGAUGUUAAGGUUGUCCAUUUCAAAGGUUCAAGAAAGCGUUUGAUGCUCGAGGCAUGGAAUUUCUACAACUCAACCUCUAAGCUGUCUGAUAUGCUAUGCAUAAUCUUGAGAAGUGGCCGGACGAAAUAUGACUUCUGAACUUUUGGUUAAAGAAGCUGGCACAUGUUGAUCCUACUAAAAGCUGUUGUGUGUUCCUCAACUAAUACAAAAAAUUGCUGACCAUGGGGCUGUCAUCGCAAGAAUUGGGAACAGCAUAAAAUGGACGAGUAUCUUUCACUAUGUAACAAGAAUACGUCAAGCUACUUGCAGGGAUGUGAGAUUGGUGUGAAACUGUUUGAUACAGCUCAUUAGAAGUUAGAACCCAUACAAGGAGAACAAUACACGGGGUAACCAUGUAGGGAUUCACCUUUUGUUUCUUUUGGUUUAUCCCUUCCUGUUGAAUAUGUAAUUUGGUUCCCCAUCACUGUCUAGGUGGUAGUAAAGGCAAUUUCUCCA